CGGCGGCGGCGGGGAGUGACGGAGGUGGCGGGGUGGCACGUGCCGCGCGGAGCGGCGGUUGAGGGCUGUGCUGGCGCGGGGAGGAAGCAGAUUUGUACCCGUUUCCCGGGAGCUACUGACCGCCCGCCGACAUGGUGGUUUUCACGUGCAACGCCUGCGGGGAAUCUGUGAAGAAAGCACAAGUUGAAAAACAUGUGAACAUCUGCAGGAGCUGUCAGUGCCUCUCCUGCAUGGACUGCGGCAAGGAUUUCUGGGGUGACGAUUAUAAGGAACACGUGAGGUGUGUAAGUGAAGACCAGAAAUAUGGUGGAAAAGAUUUUGAAGCCAAAACUAACAAAGGAGAUGUUAAGCAACAGGAGUGGAUUCAGAAAAUUCAUGAAGUAAUGAAGAAGCCAAACAUAAGCCCUAAAGUGCGGAACAUUCUGGAGCAAAUGCGUGUCUUUGAUAAUAUUCCAAGAAAAAAAGUAAAGUUUCAGAAUUGGAUGAAGAACAGUUUGAGAAUCAGUGACAGCACUUUGCAAGACCAGGUGUGGGAUAUUUUCUCCGAAGCAACCAGAAAUAUCUCAAGUGAAAAAGAACAAGAUAAACCAAAACAGAAGGAAGAGAGGCAAUCUGCAGAAACUGCGGAAAAAGCAAUAGCAGAAGAAAAUGGAAUCGCAGAUGAUAAAAUUGAGAGGAAAAAGAAUAAGAGAGAACGAAAAGAAGAAAGACAAAAGAACAAAAAGAAGGAGAAAAAAGACUUGAAAUUAGAAAACCAGACAGAAGUAAAAAAGAGUAAAAAGUCCAAAAAAGGAAAGGAGAGCUCGGAGAAUGAAUUUGAAAUAAAUGGAAACAGCCAUCAGCCUGAAAUAGAAGUGGAAACAAACGUAAAGAAACGCAAACAUAAACAUGCAGAAGAGGAACCUCAUAUCACAACAAAAAGAAUGAAAACUGAAAACAUUUCAGAAGACAUGGAAACAGAAAACACCGAUGGCAACGAAGAAAAUGUGGGAACAGACAAAGGUAAAUUCAAUUGGAAAGGAACCAUCAAAGCUGUUCUGAAACAGGCUCCAGACAACGAAAUUUCAAUUAAAAAACUAAGAAAAAAGGUUAUAGCUCAAUAUUACGCAGUGGCUGGUGAACAUCACAAAUCAGAAGAGGAUAUUCUAGUCAUAUUUAAUAAGAAAGUGAAUAACAAUCCCAAAUUUAAAGUUUUAAAGGACAAAGUUAAACUCCUGAAAUAAGAGUUUGCAUACUUUUGAUAAUCUUUGCAUUUUAAUCUUGCAGACUGAGUCAAAUUCUUCUGUCAGCUGUACAAAUACUAUGCGUUGGUUUCAAUUUAAAUUGUGUAUGUGAGAGCAGAAUUUAACUUUUAAGUCUGGAUUCCUUCUCUUUUUCUAGAUUUAUCACAGAACACUUUCAGAUAUUUUAUUUUUUGAUUUUAUGGAAAAUGUAUAUUUUUUGGUAAAAGGCUACUGUAUUAAAAUUCUUCCAGUAAUGGAUGUAAUUUAUAGGUGUGAAUGUUUAUCAGGGCCUGGGUUGUGUGGCUUUUUGCAGAAGCUAUUUUAAGAGCAAAUAGGAUUUUCAUAUUCAAAAACCCACCAGGCAAUAAAUGUUUUGUUAUGCUAAUAUUCAAAAUGGUGUGACUGGUGUCUGCUUCACGCACUGUAGCUAGAAUAUGCAGGCUUUAAUAAUGCGUUAAUUUGGUGUUAUGAAACGCCCGGGUUGGUUGUCCAUCCCAUCCCAAGAAGAGAUCACGGAUUCCCCCCUCAACCCCUGGCCAACCCCCAUUUAUAUACCAUGAUGUCCAUGGUAUGGAAUAUUCCACUGUCUAUGCUCCUUCUCUGCUUCUAUGGUAGACUGAAAAAAGUCCUUGAUAUCAUUUAGCAACAACUAAAACAAUAUACAUUAUUAACAUUCCUCUCAAAUCUGAAAACGCAGCAGCCACUAGAAAGAAAAUAAACUAUAUCUCAGCUGAAACCAGGACAAAAAAUUAAAGUGUCUGUCAAGUUUGUGUAUGUAAUAUUGCACAUUCAGACUGAGUUAACAGUAUAUGUAUAGCUACUGAAUGUUUUAAUUAGUGAUGCAACUGACUUCAAUAUAAGUGGUCACAUGGACUAAAAAUUGACCGAUGAAAUAAUUUAAUUUAAAACACCACCUUAAAUAUAAUAAAUCUUGCCACUUUGAUGGUAUAAUAAAUCCACAAAUUAUAUACAACUUGAAGAGGCUUUUAUAUUGCAGUCAGUGAAACACUUCAAGCAGGUCAGAAAUUUUACAAGUAUGAAAUUUAGAGGGAUUUAAUCAAUUGCAAAAUACUUCCAGAUAGGGAGUUUCCUACCAUGAAGUGAUCUGUUAAAAACAGCGGUAGAAAUCCAGUGAAAAUUUCUUGCAGUAGACAAUAUGAUGUUUUGGAAAAUUGCAUAGUGAUUUGAAGCAGAUACACUUUUAUAAAAGUCCAUAAUGAAAAUAUCUGAAUUUAUAGAAAUAUUGAAUGUAUUAAAAAUAUAAAUAUGAAAAAAAUAACUGAUACACUGGGUCCAGUUUUUCUGUAUUUGUCUUAUUAUAAAAGUUGUAAUAAAAAUAUCUAAUAAAUAUAA